GGAUAGCGGUCUUUACUUCGUAGUCUGUGAUAGUAGUUUGACCUAGUGAUUGUCGUCGUUUUCAGAGGGUCACCGGAUUAGGAUCUCCAGUCGCAUCUUAGUUUCAGACAUUUAAUUCCUCACAGAUUUAGAUGCCAUCUUUGAACGUGGAACCGACAUUUUCCAGCAGAAACAGAAAUUGAUUUUUCCCACUACGCAAUGAGGCAAGCAUAUGACCGAGGAAUUUCAAGGCAGACUAUGAGCCGAUAUCAAGCUCAUGCAGAAUGGGAACAUUAUCAACCACCAAUUCAAGAAUUUCCCAAUUCCCAAGAUGUAAGAUUAGGAACAAAAUUAAGCAUACCUACAUCAAAUCGUCCGGACAAUAUGAGACCAAUACCAAGCAGAGAGCUAUACAAACUGUUCAUUAAUGGGAUCCAUUCUGAUACAACAGAGAAUGGUUUACGACAUAUCUUCAGCAACUAUGGCAAUCCUAUAUCAAUAAAAUUAUUCAGGACAAAUAAUAACCUUCAUCAACCCAUUGCUUUUGUGGAAUUUGAAUCCCAAUAUGAGGCAGAUAAUGCAAUUGUUGCACUUGAUGGAAAACCACCUCUCAAUUGGGAAGUCGUAUACGCCAACCGCCGCUUAAGUGGAAAAAUUCCACAUGGUGACCAAGAUUUGGUAAGUCUUGCAAUAGCCUCGGUCGUUGGAAGACAAAACGGUGUUGUUCAAGCAGUUGGUGCAACCACGAAAUCUUUCUACUCCAGACAGUCUCCUUGCUCCAUCGAAAUGGAAUCUUCGUUGGGAAUUAUGCACCGGAAAAGUGUCUCGCCAGAUAUGCACGUGCAAUGCCACCUUUGUCAUGUAUGUGGAAAACAAGCUUCCUUUGUCUGCACUGUUUGCAAGGUCCGUUAUUGCUCUUCGGGAUGCCAGAGUAGGGAUUGGCCUACACAUCAACUAGUAUGCAAACCACCACCAGCCUUGUUACAGGAAUUUCCACGUAGUGGUGUAUCUCUAAAAGGAGUUGUUUCCAAGCCUUUCCAUGGUUCUCCCGAUAUUUCAAGUCCUCUUCCACAAAACGAAAGACCUUUAGUUGCCACGUGCGAUGAUCAAAUCUACUCGAACAAUUAUUGCUUGGGUCAUCGUGAGAAUAACGAUACUUUUGAAGUUACCAGUCCCGAUUUAUACUUGAUUAAGAGAACACACCCACUAGACCAAGCGGAGACAUCAAUGCCGCUUACCCCUGAAUUGUCUGUGGCAGUACAUCGUAAUCUAGAUGGACGACAAGAAACAACAAAUUCGGUUGCAGCGAUAAACAUGAUGGAUGCAAUUAAAUCUCUGUCUAUCAACAAAGAGCAUGGACGCCCUGAGAGCAAUGGGCAUAGUAUUAACCAACAACCUUCAUCGCAGCCCCGUUCACCCAGCGCCAACUAUAAGAGUGAUGAAACCUCUCAUGCAGGAACUUCUCAAAGCAACCAUGACACACCAAAAAACUACCUUGAAAAUGGCUUUGCACAGAAUAACAGUCCUGUUGUAGCCAACAAGCUACAGUGUGAUUUUGAAUCGUCACCAGUAGUCACAUCUCAUAGCUUUUGUUCGGGAAAUGAUUCUCCAAAAACUGCUCCUGUAUCUCCCUCCUGCAAAGUGUCACAAACGCGAUCAUCUGAAGCGAUCAAAGUCUACGCCAAGAAGUUCGUCUCCACGCAAUUAAAACAGCAAUUCGACGAUUCAAGCGAAGUGAAUGUCUGUUCUGCCAAAUCUCCGGAUGAAUUUUAUGUCCAAUUUUAUCGUUACCGUAAAAUGCUGGAAGAAAUAAUGGCAAGUGUGGCCUCAUCUGCCCCAAAUUCCGAUCCGUUGGUCAAUCCGGUGGAAGGCUUGCCAUGUCUCGCUCUUUUUCCUGAGGAUCGCUGUUGGUAUCGAGCUGAAAUAUUGAAGAUACUGCCAGAUGGUAUUGGAAUCCGCUACGUGGACUUCGGAAAUACCAUUUUAAUGCCCAAUACUUUGGAGCACCUCAGAAUGAUGGAACACUCGCUAGCUCAGCACCCAUUUUGUGCUGUCAAGGUGAAAUUGGCUAAUGUUUUACCCGUCAGUGGAAUCACGUGGAAUUCAGACGUCAAAAAGAAAUUCAAAGAGUUGGUAGAAAACAAACCAUUCCUGAUGGAUUUCGUCCAAAUGGAUGCUGAUCAUAUGUGUGUUCGGCUGAAAAAUCAGGAUAGAUCUGAUUUUCUUUCGUCUUUGAUUCAGGACAAAUUCGUUAAAAGCGUAGAAGUUUUAGAUGAACUAGAUCAAUUCUCCCCAGCGAUUGAAAUUCCUCUACCAACACCUUCUCGGGAAACAGUCGCAGAUGUACUGAAGCCGUCGGUCGUUUGUUCUCAGGUUCUAGAAGAGAACGGGGUUUUUGAAAGUAAAGAUCAACUGGAAAAUACCGAAAAGAAGAGCAUUAGCUGCGUUCCCAAGACAUUGAUGAAAAAGAAUUUCCCACUGACAGAAGCUGAAUUUGUUAAGACGUCUGAUCGAAUGGAACCCAAUAUAACCGAAAAUGGAUUAGCCCUGUAUGACAUCAUAGAAAAUCCCCAAGAGCCAUCAGAGAACAAUGUACCGAAAGUGUCUCCAAGCCAAUUGACUGAAGUGGGAGCUUUUGGCUUUAAUCCAGCUUCUUUGCCAUCCGAAGGAAAAAUAUCGGAAGAUGACACGUCUGAUGAAUUUUUCUAUGACGACGGUCCGUUCUUGGACUUGCCGGAGAAAGAAAGUUUUCAAGCUCUGAUUAUUAAAGCAGAAGACCCCCAACUGAUAACGCUGCGUGUUGAAAACAACGAAAUUUCAAUGAAACUAACAAAGUUGCAGGAAGAAAUCGCACUUUACGCAAAUGGCGUAGCUUGUGGUUACCAUCCCAAAUUGAAUGAAAUCUGCGUAGCGCGUUUUCCUGGCGGCCGAUGGUAUCGAGCAGUUUGCCUUAAUGUUAUUCAUGACCGACAGCCAACGGGGACUCGUUAUUUAUGCAACCAAGUUGAUUUUGGCGAACUGAACAUCCUUGAUGCUAGCAAAAUCAGGCGCGCCAAGAAGUGGAUGAUUGAUUUGCUACCCUAUCUGGCGCAGCAGGCUGUUCUCGAAGGGACGGAUUCCAUGGAACAAAUGGAACCCAAGCUCGUUGAGCGAUUUGCCAAAAUUCUACCCGAAAACUCCGUCGUUGAUGUCAAUGUUGUUAACCGUGUAGACAUGUCUUAUGUUGUCCGUAUCCCAAAGGUCAAUGCAACUUUGUCUUUCGAACGGUUGCUUUAGCUUGGAAUCAAACAUUUUCACCAUGGUUGACACGUUUAUCUUUGGCAUGGUAAUUCAACUUUUUACUUCUUUCUUUACUUAUGUUCUUUUUCAUGUCGAUGAAGCGUUGCACGAUUCUUGAGUGCCUGAAGGACCCAGGCAUAUAUGAUCUUUUGAUUUGUUGUGUUGUUAACCAGAAGUACUCUUAACGAAAUUGAUACUGUUCUUCUUUUUUCCUAUUUUCUUUUUUUUAAGUGUAUUGAUUUAUCCAUUUUUGAAGUAUUGUGCAAAGCAAGUUUUUUGUUAAUCCAGAAUAUGCAUAUCUUUUCAUCAGUU